UUGAAACCUUUGUCCCCCACAAAAACAAAUAUGGCAAUCAUAAUCGAACAUGGGUGCCACCCCAUAUAGUUGACACUUUAUCUCCUCCAAAAUCCAGCUACUCCUACUCUCAUAAUCAUAAUUAAAUAUAUAUAAGAUCUAGCUUAAACCAAAAAUCCCCCAAUCGAUGAGACCCAACUCUAAAAUUCUCCUCCGAAAAUGCGUACUUGCUUUAUUGCCAUCACCAUUUUUCUCCUCUGCCUCCUCCCGAGGACUAGCCAAGCUGCAGGCUACCUAAGCACUGCAAGCCAGUUCUUGUUACCCCAGAAUGCAGCUCGUGCCGCACUGAGGAUGCCGCCGUUGGUCUGGGAUUCAAACCUCGCACGGUAUGCACAAUGGUAUGCCAACCAGAGAAGGUAUGAUUGUGACCUGAGGCACUCUAACGGACCUUAUGGUGAGAACAUAUUUUGGGGCAGUGGCAGGGGGUGGAGUCCUGCUCAGGCAGUCACUGCCUGGGUCUCCGAGCGAAAAUGGUAUAAUUAUUGGUCUAAUUCUUGCGCUGGGGAUCAAGAAUGUGGACAUUAUACUCAGAUUGUUUGGAGGAAGACAAGAAGAGUUGGGUGUGCUAGAGUUAAUUGUUUUGGUGGUAAGGGAGUUUUCAUGACCUGCAAUUAUGACCCUCCUGGGAACUUCAUUGGAGAAAGGCCUUACUGAAUGUCUUUAAUAAUGGAAUUUUGCAAAAGCGAAUUUCAAUAUUGUUGUAUUCUUAGUGGGAUUUUAUUGUUUGGUGAAUGGUUUUAUUUUAUA